UCCGCCCGGCGCUCGGAGCUGCAGCCAUGGCGGUCUGCACGGAGGGCGCGCGCAGGAGGGAGCGCAUCCUCUGCCUGUUUGACGUGGACGGGACCCUCACGCCGGCUCGCCAGAAGAUCGACCCCGAGGUGGCUGCCUUCCUCCAGAAGCUGCGGAGCCGGGUACAGAUUGGCGUGGUGGGUGGCUCCGACUACUCCAAGAUCGCUGAGCAGCUGGGCGACGGGGAUGAAGUGAUCCAGAAGUUCGAUUACGUGUUUGCCGAGAAUGGGACAGUGCAGUAUAAACACGGGCGGUUACUCUCCAAGCAGACCAUCCAGAACCACCUGGGGGAGGAGCUGCUGCAAGACUUGAUCAACUUCUGCCUCAGCUACAUGGCCCUGCUCAGACUGCCCAAGAAGCGUGGCACGUUCAUCGAGUUCCGGAACGGCAUGCUGAACGUCUCACCCAUUGGUCGCAGCUGCACCCUGGAGGAGCGGAUCGAGUUCUCCGAACUGGAUAAGAAGGAGAGAAUCCGGGAGAAGUUUGUGGAAGCCUUGAAGACAGAGUUUGCUGGCAAGGGGCUGAGGUUCUCCCGAGGAGGCAUGAUCAGCUUCGACAUCUUCCCCGAGGGCUGGGACAAGCGCUGCUGCCUGGACAGCCUGGACCAGGACACCUUCGACACCAUCCACUUCUUCGGGAAUGAGACCAGCCCUGGUGGGAAUGACUUUGAGAUCUACGCCGACCCCCGCACCGUUGGCCAUAGUGUGGUCUCGCCCCAGGACACGGUGCAGCGAUGCCGAGAGCUUUUCUUCCCAGAGACGGCGCAUGAGGACACCUGCCACGAGGUCCACUAGAUGGGACCAGGGUCUGCAUGGACAACCGUCCCCAGCCAGACGGCCCCUGCGCAGGACCAGCUCCCAGCCUCCACCCCAAUGGCCCUGGCCACAGCUGCUGCUUGUACAGGCUCCUGUCCAUGCUGGGAGAUGGCAUGGACAAGCGUCAGUGUGACGAGGAGCCUGCCCCGCCUGCCGACUGUCCCGGGCAGAUAGCGGAGGGGGUACGGUGUGUAUUCAGAGAACUUUCUGUCCUCUAUAUUAAACCCACAGCGAGGCAC